ACGACAGUUCGUAACAGACUGUCGAGUGGAAAAGAUCAGUUCAUUAAAGUGCGUGUUUGCGGAAAUUUUUGUGAAAAGUUAAAAAAAAGAUAUCUUCAUACGUCGUAAUUCAGUACGCCGAAAAAUGUCAGUUGUUCAAUCUGCUUCCAUAAUACAUGGAAAUGGAAUUUCAAAUUGCUAUAUUGACGAUGAUAUUAUAAUUAAUCAAGUUAUUGAUGCUAAUGGAGAUCCCAUGCAAAAUAUUAAUGGAGUAAAAUUUGAGACUUCAAGCGAUGACGAUGGUGCUUCUGCAAGUUCCAAAGAUGAUGAAAAUGAUGAAAUUAUUUAUUUAAAAACGAGGUACAACGAUGGAACAGUGAAAUUACGCAAUCCAAAUAUCGAGUUAAUGGAUCAAGACAUUCUCUAUCACUUGGCUUUGGGUAGUGGGAGUCACGAUCUUGAAGAAAUGUUUGGUGAUGUCAAGUUUGUUUGCAUGGGUGGAACGCCAAAACGAAUGGAAAAUUUUGCACAUUUUAUAAUGGACGAAAUUGGUUAUAAAUUACCUGCGGGCACACAAUUGCAAGACAUCAGUGCGUUCUCUUACCGCUAUUCGAUGUAUAAGGUUGGCCCAGUUCUAUCCAUCAGUCAUGGAAUGGGUGUUCCUUCCAUCGGAAUCCUUUUACACGAAAUAAUCAAGCUCAUGUAUCAUGCAAAAUGCAAAGAUCCGGUUUUCCUUCGUCUUGGUACUUGUGGAGGCAUCGGAAUAGAAGGCGGAACUGUGGUUGUUUCGGAAGGUGCUGUCGACGGGCUUUUACGUGACACUUACGAGAUGACUGUUCUUGGAAAAGUUAUCCACCGGCCAGCAAAAUUGGAUAGAAAAUUAUCAAGAGAACUGAAAGCUCUUGCUGAUCCAACACAAGAUGCGUACGAAACCAUUUCUGGAAAAACAAUGUGCACAUAUGAUUUCUACGAAGGACAAGGACGUCUUGAUGGUGCUUUUUGUGAUUUCACAGAGAACGAAAAGAUGGAAUAUUUGCAGAAAUUACGUGAAUUCGGUGUCGUAAAUAUUGAGAUGGAAUCGACAAUUUUCGCAGCACUUACCCAUCAUGCUGGUAUAAAGGCAGCUAUCGUAUGUGUAGCAUUACUUAAUCGUCUCAAUGGAGAUCAGGUGAUGGCUCCUAAAGAAGUGAUGAACGAAUGGCAAAAACGACCACAAAUUCUCAUUUCAAGAUUCAUCAGGAAACGCAUGGCACAACAGGGUCAUUUAUGCAGAGUCAAUAGUGACAUUUCUUUGAUUGAAAAUUGUUUUUCAAUUAUUACCUACUUCUUCGUGAAUUGUAGGAAUCAAAGUUUAAGAAUAAUGUCAACAGGAUUUCUAAAAUCGCAAUUUCAUCGAAAUGGUGAUGAAGAAAACGGUCGCUCUCGUGAAAGAAAUGAAACAUACCAAAAUGGCAAAGAAGCUAAUUCUAAGCUAAGGAAUGCUGAUGGAGCAUUGAAGUUAAAAAAUCCAAACAUCGAGUUUAUGAGCGAAGAUUCUCUUUAUCAUAUUGCACUUGGAAGUGGAACUCAUGAUCUUGAAGCAAUGUUUGGAGAUAUUAAAUUCGUUUGCAUGGGUGGAACUUCAAAACGAAUGAAAGAUUUUGCUGAUUUUAUUAUGAAGGAAAUUGGAUACGAACUACCGGUUGGAUCACAACUUCAAGACAUUAGCGCUGAUUCCCAUCGUUUCUCCAUGUAUAAGGUUGGACCAGUGCUGUCAAUAAAUCAUGGUAUUGGAAUGGCAUCACUUGGAGUUUUAUUACAUGAAGUCAUAAAACUUAUGUAUUAUGCUAAAUGUAAAGAUCCAGUAUUCAUAAGAAUUGGAACAAGCGGAGGUGUAGGAGUUGAAGGCGGUACAGUUGUUGUUUCUGAUAGUGCAACGGUUCUUGGGAAAACAGUUCAUCGUCCAAUAUUGUUAGACAAGGAUUUAGCAAAUGAAAUAAGAUCUUUAGCUGAUCCUCAGACAGAUGGUUACAACACAGUUUGUGGAAAAACAAUGGGAACACACGACUUCUAUGAAGGACAAGGCCGCAUCGAUGGAGCUUUUUGUGACUACUCAAAAGCUGACAAAUUGGAAUUUUUAGAAAAAUUGCACGGAAUUGGAGUUGUGAAUAUUGAAAUGGAAGCAUCGAUGUUUGGGGCUUUGACACAUUACGCUGGGAUAAAAGCAGCAAUAGUUUGCGUUGCACUUUUAAAUCGACUCAAUGGAGAUCAAAUUUCAACAAUGAAAAAUGUUAUUAUGGAGUGGCAAAAGAGACCACAAAUUCUAGUGAGCCGCUUUAUUAAGAAGCGUAUUUCACAAGAGAAUUUAAAUAACUUUAAGUAAAUAGAAAAACCUACAUACAGUAUAAUCUCGAUAUAACAUCCUUUCGAUAAGAAAUUUCACUCGAUAAUAAAUUUCAUCUAGGUCGAAAUCUUGAACAAAAUUCCCCCGAUAAGAAAUUCCUUUUCUCGGUUCCUUCUGCAAAUGUUACAUGUAUGGAGAGUUAACUGUAUAGAUGUCAUUCCGGAUCCUGGAAAAAAGAAAUAAAAAAUGUAGACUUAUUUUGAGUUUCUGUACUUUCAUUACGAAUAAAUAAAAAUUUUCUCAUAACCCUAA